UCGAUGCAAGAGUUGAUUUCACCAUUUAUCCGCAACUCAUCACCAGAAGAGGAACAAACUUUCUGUCUCCAGGUCUUGGCAUGGAUGGUCCAAACAAAGGGGUCUUACAACGAUUCAUCCAAGUCGGGUGCAUUCCCAUCCGGUUAUGGGGCCGAGGGUCUUUCCAAGCAUUGGGACCUUUCCACCAUUCAGCGAGACCAUUUCUCUUUAUUUUCUUUUCCAAACUCCACCACUAUGUUAUAAGCAUAAGGCAGUCAAUGGAGUAAUGGUUAGGGUGCCAGGCUCCUAGCCAGAAGGUCUUGGGCUCUACUCCUGCUGGAACCACGAACUGAUUCACUGUCCCUGGCCAAGGCACUUCACCACAUUCUUGCUUCUCUCGACCUAGUGGCCUAAAAGGAUACCAGAUAAGAUCAAGUGUAGCGCUGUAUGAGCUGCUCCUUGAGUUCCCUGGAAUUUUCAGGAGAGGCUGACGGUUAAGGUCGGGUGAUCACAAAUUCUGUGGAGGUCGGACUAUAGACCGUAACUAAAUUUUCACCUUGCUCGAUAAGACUUUGGUGACAUUACCAGUCAGAAUUUAUUGCAGUAAUCCAGCUUGUCUUCUCAGCUUGAUUCUAGAAGAUGACUUAGUUGGGACUCUGAAUUCAAACAAAUGUGAGAGCAACGUGUAGCCAUGACAGAAUCGUUUCGUGCUUUAACAAUGGACCUUGUAAACACCACAGUAGUGCCAAGUGGUGUCACAUCGACAUUGCUUAGGCCGGAAGUUAAUUCAAGCCUUCUGAAUGUGUUCCGGAUAUUCGUUGAGCAGUUCGGAAUUUACUUCACCAUGUUGAUCAUGCUGUCGGGAGUGUUUGGCAACGUGUUGUCCGUGGUGGUAUUUUGGCGAUUACGACGCCAUGAUAAGGUCACAGCGACGUAUCUGACGCCCAUGGCGGUGUACGACCUUACAGUCCUCUGCGUCGGGUUGAGCGGAUGGCUGGACCAAGCAACUUUCACCUUCUCAAAUGGUGCUUUUUUCAUCCCUGAAUCGUACACUGACGGGCAUUGCAUUGUUGAUCUCCCAGAUAACAUCAAAGGAUGCAAACACCUCAGGUUUAUAGAAGCAAGUGUCAACCCCCUCGGAAAGUUACCUGAUGGCUUCACCCAACUGCUGAAUCUCACUGAACUUUACCUCAAUGAUACAUUCCUCGACUACCUGCCAGGAAACUUCGGCAGGUUGUCCAAGUUAAAGAUCCUGGAAGUGCGUGAGAAUCACCUGAAGCAGCUGCCGAGGUCCAUGGCACGACUUUCUGAUCUCGAGCGCUUAGAUAUUGGCAAUAAUGAUUUCACAGAACUGCCUGAUGUUAUUGGUAGUAUGCCUGCACUCCUGGAGCUGUGGUGUGACAGUAACCAGAUUUCAAUGCUUCCUACAACUAUUGGUAACUUAAAGCAGUUGAUGUACUUUGAUGCUUCAAAGAAUAGAAUCGAGGAUGUUCCAGCUGAGAUUGAAGGAUGUGUGUCUCUCUCAGAUCUUCAUCUAUCAACCAAUAUGCUGAAAGAUCUACCUGAGACAGUUGGUCGCCUGAGUAAUCUUACCACUUUGAAGGUAGAGGACAACCAACUUGCAUCACUGCCAUUUUCUAUAGGAGGCUUAGUUUCAUUAUCAGAGCUGAAUGUUGCUGCUAAUGAUCUUGAUGAGUUACCGCCAUCUAUUGGACUCUUACGGCAUUUACGCACAUUUUACGCAGACGAGAACUUCUUAGAGGAACUACCGUCUGAACUAGGCAGUUGUAAUGGUCUAACAGUCUUAUCUUUACGGUGCAACAAACUCCAGUAUCUCCCCGACGAGCUCGGCCGGAUACCACGACUCCGGGUGCUGAACGUGAGCGAGAAUCAACUGGUGUGUCUUCCAUUCGCUUUCACCAAACUCAAACAGAUCCAGGCAUUAUGGUUGUCAGAGAACCAGGCACAACCUCUCAUACCGCUACAGACCGAGGUGGAUCGGGAUACAGGGAAGCGGACACUGACGUGCUACUUGUUACCACAGCAGUCAAUGGACCAUGAAGUUGAGCCAGUGAGCGAUGGUGAUAGCUUCCACCCAUCCAUGUGGGAUGAGGAGAGGUCGCGCCGGAUGCAGAUUCAGUUUGAGGGGGUUGAGGAUGAGGGUAAACAUCCACGCACAACGCAGCCAUAUCCAAAGGAGAUGAAGGACCGGGUGAGGCAUUCACAGAAUCUGGAGAUUCUGAAGUCAAAGUUACCGAAUGGCGAUGUACAGUGGAGUAAGGGCAAGGAGGUAGAUGGAGGCGGAGUUGAUAAUGAGGCUUACAAUAAAGAUCCUCCAUCUGGGUCUUCCUCCCCAGAAAAGGUACACGUUGAGCUUGGUGUUAAUCCGACGGCGUCCCCUCUCAUGCAAGAGCGACACCUUUUGUAUAAGUUUGACAAGGAUAAACUAGCGCGGGACAAAGCUCGAAUGCAGAAGGAGAAGGUGGAGAAUAAUAAUACAGCCCUAACACCAGGCAAGGAUGGUGACAAGUCUAGUAAAUCAAAGAGUGGAUUACCCCAGAAGUCGGAGGAGAAGACGAAGUCAUCAGAGAAGAAGGGUAAAGAGAAGAGUCCGUCCAAAGAUAAAGAGAAAUCGUCUGGUAAAGAUAAAGGGAAGGAUAAAUCCAGCAAGAAAGAGGAUAAAACUGAUGGUUCAAAGGGGAAGCAUGAACCCGCGCAGCCACUAGCAACAAGUACACCAGUGGUGGGGGUAGGAGGUGCUAAACCCAGUCAAAGCAUAAGUGACUUUAGGAAUGUUAUGGUGUCAAAUUUAGGCGCUGUGCGGGAUUCAAAAUCAGACUAUGCACUUCAUCAAAAUGUUUCAUCAUCUCGGGACAAUCUUAAUCGGGAUAGCGUGAAUCGGACUCCAUCGCGGGAGAAUCUAAGUAUGGUGAACUAUAGCCGUGAACCUGGUUCACGUGAUCCAGGGGUAAAGACGAUACCUUAUCCCUUCUAUACAGGGUAUACUAGUGGCGGAUACCAUCAGCAUAACCAUCAUCAUCAUCAUAGUCAAAACCACCGCCACCGCUCAUCGGGUUAUGACUCCGAAGGUGGUGUCCGUGGAUACCAUCAGCGGCGGACAUUAGAUUAUGACUCAGAAACUGGUUACAAGUCAGACAAUGGUUAUAAAUCUGAUAGUGACGGCUAUCGGUUACAACGCAUUCAACAGGCGAUGCGUGGUGAUGGUUAUGCUAGUGAUUAUGGUGCGGCGAAAUCGUCACGGACUCCGAACAAAUAUGGUAGUGGUUAUUCAUCUGACGUUGGAGAUUCUCGCCGGUACAAAGGAUACUCUCAUAAUGAUUAUCGUGUACCAUCAUCUCGGAACAAAGGUCUCACAUAUUCAAUGGCUGGCUCGGGUAAUUCUCAUUCUAAUGGCCCACAUGUCAAACGGACUACAAUACGCAGUGACGAGUUAUAUGCUGACCAGCAAGGUCAAAAUAGGUCAAGCCAGGGUGAAAGGUCGAGUAGACCUGGACCACCUGUACCUCCUAGGAGUCCAAGUGUGAAAUCUUUGGCCAAGGAAAAUGAUGAGCGAGAGCCAGGGUCACGUGACACUAACGUUCAGGACGUUUCUACACGUUUUCAACCUGUUGGGCGGGAUGGGUCACCUCAACGAGAUAUGCGGCAUCGAGGAAGUGAGGAUUUGACAAGUUGGCGGCGGGAUCUGUAUACAGUGUUGGAACAGAAGAGAUUGAAGCAACAAGGUGCGGGGUCUCAACAGCCUGAACCGCAGACGCCAGUCAAGAUGGAACCUCACCAUGGAGUGACUGAACUCAGGAGGAAAUCGGCCCCAAAUAUGUACUCACCGAUCCCAAGUGAUGACGAUAUGUUCCAUCCUCCUCCAUACAAGCCAACACCACCGUAUCACCCGAAGCAACAUCAUCAUCUAACAUCUGACUCACCGGAUCCAGAACUUGCAAAAUACAUGAGCGGGCAGGACAACAAGGCAUUGAGUUCUGUGCCGGAGCACAAGGCAUCGCCGAGUCGACGGAGUAGUAUGCCUCAAGCUGUUGAAUCGCCAUACAGUCGAGUUGUUGGUGAUCGUUCGUUCGAUAGCUUUCCGAAUCCAAAUGAUCCACCACCACCAUUGAAUAGAUCACAUGAGAUGUCACGUUAUGAAGAUGUGGCCAUUUAUAAAAGUCAGGAGCCUCCGUCGCAGGUGUCCAGCUCGACAGACAGUGGUUAUGGUCAUGGUCAUCACAUAUAUGAACGGGUGAAUGAACUCGGCCAUCGGAUAUCAGCUUCACCUAUGAAUGCGAUGCCUCCUCCGAGCCGAGCACCACCAUCACCUCCCCGACAACACCGUCUGCUCACCAGCCAGACGCCACCCAGGAACUCGCCCAAUACACCCGUCUCACGAGAAUCAACACCAUCAAGGGGCCUAGAUGGUUUCCGACCCCCAGAGAAGUCUUCAACACCUCGCCCAGCAUCUGAUUCACCUGCACCAUCUGGUUAUCAUACCGACUCGCCAAGACAAUCGAGCUAUGCUGCUGAUUAUGGAUCGUGGCAAAGGAUGUCAGUGACGAUAACCAAGAACCCUGGCCUUGGUUUCAGUAUCGCUGGAGGACUUGGAGCCCCAGGCAACCCGUACCGACCGGAGGAUCUUGGCAUAUUCGUCACCAAAGUUCACCCUGAUGGUGCUGCUGCUAAUAAACUCAGACCUGGAGAUAAAAUCAUUACUGCAAAUGGUGCAGACUUCACUCAUAUUGAUCAUUCCAAGGCUGUGAUGGUGCUGAAGACAAGUAUGCAGACAGUUCAGUUAGUCAUUGAGAGAGAUGUCAUUGUAUAGAUGAUCAUUUUACUGUUUCACUUACAUGAUGAACCAAGUGUGUUGUACAGUUAUGCACUGAGCUGAAAAUGUCAACUAAUAUAUCUUACUAUCAGUUAACACGCAUCACUGAAAAUUGUGAGGAAUGUGAACAGUUUCGUUGUUGUUUAUUAUAAGGCUGACACAUUCAAUGUGAUGGGAGACGAAUACGAUACACUGCUGAGUUGAUCUUAAAUUUUGUGAGAUAUUUCGACUUGUGUAUUACUAGGAAUUCUACUUCGACUGUAUAGACCUGUACAUAUCGUGUCAUUCUGUUCAAGUUGUUCUUGACGAUUCUCCUUGAUGAACUGGUAACAUUCCACAGCAUUUUGUAACCUUAGAAACAUACUCUUAUCACGUACACGCUUCUUGUCUGGUGGUAAGCUAUAAUUUUCACAUGUCAGUACAUGAUGUGUAUAUAAUUACAUGUACUGUUUCAAUCUGACUUUACUAAAACAAUCCAUAAAAUGGCGAUUCCACAGCUUUAAAGUCCCUGGAUUCUGUUGUAUUAUGUUGAUAACGACGAAUAGAAACAUAAAAUGACCUUUUUCAAGUUUAGGAAUGUCGUCUUCCAUUUUGGAUUGUGUCCCUUAACCUCGUUUAUACUCAGUGGUGAUUUCAUGUUGCUAAACUAAGAUAGAGUUCUAGCACCAUAUCAAUAUCAACACUACACAAACUUUAUGAUUUCAUUCAUGUUAACAUGUCAGUAGCUCAAUGAUAUACAUCUUUACACCAAUAAUAAUUGUGUUAUAUCUGUAGUAACCAUGUCAAGCAGUGGAUAGUGCCGUCCAGUUAUUGAGCAAGAGAAUGAAAUGCUUUUCUAUCUUAAUUGAAGACGAUGCCAACACUUUUAUCAGACUUUUCUUUUUGGACAACAUCUGUUUAUGCAAUUAUUUUGCUGCUCCUGAUUGCAUUAUUUUUCUUGGCCUCGGCAGACUUUCAAUGAUAAACAGCAACAUCAUCGUUCCCUUCCAACUCAUUUUCCACUGUUAUUACUUUGGAGUGAAUUUGGGUCAUUGCAUAAUAAAUAAGGGUUCUUGAUCAUUAUUUGUGCCUAGCAUGAAUUCAUAAUUUGUAUCUCAUAGAUACAUUUUCUUUAAGAGCAGAUUUUCUGCCUGGAGGUAUAUAUAUAUUGAUGAAGAAAACAGGAAUAGGUCUUGUUGUGGCGUCAUCAGGUUCUCUGAUCUUCUUACACCUAGCCGUCCAGUGCAGUCAAUGUAAGAUUUGUAUGCAUACACUUUAGAUUAUUCAGUCCAUGCAAUGCAAUGUACAUAUCGUUUUUAAGCAUAGUCUGUUAGGGUUUUGUAUGAGAAUAUUGUAGUUAUACAUAUACAGGGUGAACCAAAAAACUGUACCAGUUGGAUAUGCGAAACUUCAUGCAUAUCAUUUUCCUGCUACAUUUACAUAUAAAAUUGUGUUGCAGUUUUUGGACCUGUAUGAAGUUAGACUUUGUUGUUUCUAAAAAAGGUGCUGAAUUGUGAGUCUAAGUUGUAAUUUUUGAAGUAGUCGUUCGUAACUUAUUAAACCAUUGCCAGAUUGGUACCAUUUGUUUAUUAUCUAGAAUAAGAUGUUGUUAGGCUCAUGGCUCAAAAUUGAACCUGGGUCAGUUUUAGUAGUCAACUUAAACAUCAACAUUAUACACAUGGGCAGAGGGCUUGAAAUUUUGGAUCCUUUGGAUCCAAGUGAAUUGUUGGUUGACCCAGUUACUGCAGUCUUGUCGAGCCAGCCACAGUAGAGUGAAUGCUUGGGCAGUGUCCUGUGCAGUACAUAGAGAUCCUCACCUGUUUAUAUUGUGGUCAUUUUGUGUACUGUUUUAUGACCUGUCUCAGUCUCUUUGUGAAGGCAUGUAAUGCAUUGUCUACAUCCUACAUUUGUGUCGAUGAAUUUACAGGUAUUUCUGAAGCAAAAAGGUCAGGUUGGGUUCUGAUGGUAAAAAACAACUCUAACAGGAUGUGUUCCAAAUGCAUAUCGAAAUGUCUGUUUACAUCCUACAAAGGAGAUACUGGAGUUAUCACUGUCAGUGCCAUUUUUAAGUCAAUUAUUUUGAUAAGUUUUAAUCUUUUUUAGUGUCUCGGACAUUGAGACAGUUAACUUGUAUGCUGAAUGGUAAUGAAUAUGUCAUCAUGAAUAUUCUUCAAUGACAUCAUAAAUUAAGCUGUUGUGUAGUAUUAUUGCGAAUGCACAACUGGUUUAUACUUUUUCACCUUUACCCAUCUGAAAUCUCCUGUAUUUGUCAAAUGGCUGACCACGGUAUCUAAAAGGAAGAGGACGAUUUUGUCCAAAUGAAAUGUUGUUAAACCUCAUUGUUUAGAGAGAAACGAACACUCCUUAUUUGGCCCUAGCAACAUUCAUAUAAAAUGAAAUAAAUGCUAAAUACUUGUA